AUGCCUCGUCAACGAUCCGCCGGCCGCCCUGCCCCUGCCCGCCCUACCGUGGCUCCCCGAUCUGCUCCUGCUCCCCAGGCGCAACAGACCCGGCCCGCCACCACAUACGCACCCGCCCAGGCUCAGGCUCCUCACGCUGCUGCCCCGGCACAGGCUGCCCCUGCGUCGCAAGGUCCCGGUCUGUUCGGCCAGAUGGCCAGCACUGCUGCCGGUGUAGCAGUCGGAUCCUCCAUCGGCCACGCCAUCGGUGGCUUCUUCGGCGGCGGCUCCUCCGCGCCCGCCGAGCAGGCCGCUGCUUCUCCUGCCGUCCAGUCCAGCCAGACCAACAACGAGUGGGGCAACAACUGCGGUGUCGCCACCCAGAACUUCACAAAGUGCAUGGACGACCACUCCGGCAACAUGCAGAUCUGCGGCUGGUACCUCGAGCAGCUCAAGGCCUGCCAGUCUGCUGCCACCCAGUACACCUCGUAG